UCUCUCUAUAGUUGUUGCCAAUAUAAAUAGAAACCCAAGUUUGAGGCUUUUCCCUUGCCCUUGGAGUAGCUCUCUUUUGCUAGAUCUUAUUUUUGGUGUCUUUCUCUUUCUCUCUCUCUUUGGGUAAAAGUAAGUGUGUGUGUGAGAGAGAGAGAGAGAGAGAGAAACUAAGAUGAGUGGAAAUAAAGUUGAGAAUGGGUUGGAGGAAGGGAGGGGAGGAGAGGAGGCGGCAUAUGAGAUCUCCACAAGCAAAGGAUGUUGCAGCUCAGGCAUCUCUGUUCAGUUCAUGCAAAAGAUCAUUGCAGAGAUAUUCGGGACCUAUUUCCUGAUAUUCGCCGGGUGCGGCUCGGUGGCCGUGAAUUUGAGCAAGGGAGGCACCAUCACCUUCCCCGGCAUAUCGAUCGUGUGGGGGCUCGUCGUCAUGGUCAUGGUGUACUCCGUCGGGCACAUCUCCGGCGCCCAUUUCAACCCCGCCGUCACCGUCGCCUUCGCCACUUGCAGAAGGUUCCCGUGGAAACAGGUGCCGGCGUACAUCGUGGCCCAGAUGCUGGGCGCGACGCUGGCGAGCGGGACGCUGCGUUUGUUGUUCGGCGGCGGGCACGGGCACUUCUUCGGGACGGUGCCGACGGGGUCCGACGUGCAAUCUCUCGUACUCGAGUUCAUCAUCUCCUUCUACUUGAUGUUCGUCAUCUCCGGCGUAGCCACCGACAAUAGAGCUAUUGGAGAAUUAGCUGGGUUGGCCGUGGGAGCCACUAUCCUACUCAACGUGCUCUUCGCUGGGCCGAUAUCGGGAGCAUCGAUGAACCCUGCGAGAAGCCUGGGGCCGGCGAUCGUGCUGCACCGAUACACCGGAAUUUGGGUGUACAUCGUAGGCCCCACCGCGGGGACGGUGGCCGGAGCUUGGGCUUACAACCUCAUCCGCUUCACCAACAAGCCCCUCCGGGAGAUCACCAAGAGUGGCUCAUUCCUCAAAAGCAUGAGGAAAAACUCUGAAUUAAAUGGAUCCAACUAAUUAGGCUAAUUAAUUAAAACAAUUUGCCUUAAUCUUAAUUAUGUGUAGAAAUUAUUAUUAUUAUUAUUAUUAUAUAUAUAUAUAUAUAUAUAAAAGGAGAGCUAUCAAAUAAUGGCGUGACGUUAUUUGGUACGUCCUAGUAAAAGGGCUUUUGCUUUGUAUGAGUGGAUGUUUGGUUAAGUAUGAGAAUUUUUAUCUUGUAAUAGAGUGUAGUUAAUAAUGUUGUAUGAAUUAGUACAUGAUUAUGUUAUAGUUUGGGUGCGUUGGUGUGGUUAGGUUAGCUAUAUCACACGUUGUAAUCUGUGCUCUUGUAUAUUUUAAUGUUUAAUGCGCAUAUAAAAUAACCAUGUAGACACUCUCAAGUUUCAA